CCCUCUCUCUCUCUCUCUCUCUAACAGUGAAAGGGUUUUUCUACAAGGGUUUAACCACCGUCGCAGCGAAACCAAUUCCUCUCUCUCUCUCUCUCUCUCUCUUUCUCCAUCCGCCAUGAGAAGAGCUUCUUCCAGAGUCUUCUGUCAUCUCUCCCCACAUCCCAAACUCUCUUUCUCUCUCCUCUCCAGAGACUUCAUCACCCACCUUUCUUCUCUCCCCACCACCACCACCAAUCAACACCACCACUACCACCACCACCACCUCCCAUCCCAGACCCACCUCGAGUCCUGCACCAAAUCCGAUGCUUUACUCUUCUCUAAGUUCAAAACCCACCAAUUUCAGAUCCACCCAUCUCACAAUCUCAAUACCCUCGUGGACCAACAACCUCCAAUCUCCUCAAGGCAAAGAAAGAUUAAAGAGAGAUCACAGCUAGAUGAGGCUUUUGAGUCUGCCAAGACCACUGAAGAUAUGCUCAAAGCAUUCAAGGACAUGGAAGCAAGUUUUGACGAGAGGGAACUUGGAUUGGCUUGCUUGAAACUCGGCCUCAAACUUGACCAAGAAGGUGAGGACCCUGAAAAGACUCUUUCUUUUGCUAAUAGAGCUUUGAAAGCUUUGGAUAGAGAUGAUAAUAGGGUGUCUUUACCUCUUGCCAUGGCUUUACAAUUGUUGGGUUCUGCUUGUCAUAGCUUGAAAAGGUUUAAUGAUAGUUUAGGAUACCUUAAUAGGGCUAAUAGGGUAUUGGGUAGGUUAGAAGAAGAGGGUUCUUGUAGUCUUGAUGAUAUUAGACCGAUUCUUCAUGCAGUUCAGCUUGAAUUGGCGAAUAGCAAGACUGCAAUGGGAAGGAGAGAGGAGGCUCUUGGUAAUUUAAGGAAUUGUUUGGACAUAAAAAAAAUGACUUUGGAGAAAAACAGUAGGGAAAUUGGUAAUGCUAAUCGGGAUUUGGCAGAGGCUUAUGUUGCUGUUUUGAAUUUUAAAGAGGCGUUGCCAUUUUGUUUAAAAGCAUUGGAGAUACAUAAGGGACAAUUGGGGAAUAAUUCGGUGGAAGUUGCGCAUGAUAGGCGGCUUCUUGGGGUUAUCUAUACUGGGUUGGAGGAGCAUGAGAAGGCACUGGAGCAGAAUCAGUUGUCACAGAAGGUACUGAAGAAUUGGGGUCUUAGUUCUGAUUUGCUUCGGGCAGAGAUUGAUGCCUCCAACAUUCAGAUUGCAUUGGGGAAGUAUGAGGAGGCCAUCAAUACUUUGAAGGACAUUGUUCAGCAGACCAAUAAAGAAAGCGAAGAUCGAGCUAUGGUCUUCAUUUCAAUGGCGAAAGCUUUAUGUAAUCAAGAGAAAUUUGCUGACUCAAAAAGGUGUCUACAGAUUGCUUCUGGGAUUCUUGAUAAGAAAGAAGCAACCUCUCCAGUAGAAGUUUCUGAGGCAUACAUGGAGAUAUCGAUGCAAUAUGAGACUAUGAAUGAGUUUGAAACUGCAAUUGCGCUGCUAAAGAGAACACAAGCUAUACUUGAGAAGCUCCCUCAAGAGCAACACUCAGAAGGAAGUGUUUCUGCACGUAUUGGCUGGUUGCUUCUGUUAACAGGCAAGGUGCAGGAGGCUAUACCCUACUUGGAGAGUGCAGCAGAGAGACUGAAAGAGUGCUUUGGUUCCAAGCAUUAUGGGGUUGGGUAUAUUUAUAACAACUUGGGUGCGGCAUAUUUGGAACUAGAUAGGCCUCAGUCAGCUGCACAGAUGUUUGCAGUAGCCAAGGAGAUUAUGGAUGCGUCCCUUGGUCCUGGUCAUGUGGAUACAAUUGAGUCAUGUCAGAACCUUUCAAAAGCAUAUGGUGCCAUGGGGAGCUACCCUCUUGCAAUUAAAUUCCAGGAGCAGGUAAUUGAUGCUUGGGAAGGCCAUGGUCCGAGUGCACAGGACGAACUCAAAGAAGCUCGCCGACUUCUUGAAAAAUUAAAGAAGGAAGCUCGAGGAGCAUCAUCAAAUGAGCCUCCUGUAAGGGCCUUGCCCUUGCCCCAUAAUAGUCAUGGCUCCACAAGAAGCUGUCAGCCUGGUGUUUCUAUUAGUGAGAGGCAAUCCAGCACAAUUUAGUGUAGUAUGAAAGGAAACUGAUGCUGAAUCAAGAACAAUGCUGUAUACCUCUCCUCUCAUGAGCGUUUCUACUUGAAACAACGAUGGUUAUUGCUUCAUCUUGAUUUCUUGCUGAUAAAUACUAGUAGCAAGUCAUAUAAGUCCAACGAACAGAUUUUUCAUGCCAUGUGCCGCCAUUCUGUAAACCUUUUCUAGUUUUUGUGACUUGAUGUUGGGCCGUGGAUGUUGCUCAUGGCUAAGCCUUCCGGACAAUUAGUGUUACUAGAAAAUGCUAAUACCUUAGCAAAUUAAGUUUUGGAACACAUGUUCCAAAACAUGGCA